UGGAAAGCGGAUAGGGAGAAGCUGCCGCGCGAUUCCUGGGAGCGAGCGCCGGUUCAGCGAAGGCAGGAGCCGUCGGGCGGAGUAACCGGGGGAGAGAUGAGACUCAAAACACGGGCCGAAAAAAUGACACUAUUAUCCGGAGAAAUUUUUAAAAAAUAAAAUAAAAAAACGUUUUAAAAGCCAAAAAGAAAAAAAAAUGUUUUUAAUACCGGAGCAGUUCGUGGGCUGUCAGAGCGCGAGACGAGCGGCGGCGGUGUGCGCGCAGAGGGAGUUGGUGCGGCCGGUGUGACGUCAGAGCCGCCGGUGCUGUUCUCAGAAUAGACUUCUAGGAAACGAUAAAUUUUAAAAGCCAAGCCUUUACACUCUGUCCUUCACACAUUUGGAUCCCGCUCUGGUGACAACACACUCCAACCCGCUGCUACGGAGAUUUUUAUGUUUUAAAUUUUCAUUUUUCGUUUUUUAAAACGGCACGUUUUAUAUCCGGUAAUCUUAUUAAAAACUACAGGACCAGACCCUGACCGGGUAGUACGCGGAGGUCUUUAUGUUCUUAAUCACAUCGAUUUCUAGCAAAGGUGUUUAUUUUUAAUUCUUUAAAUAGAGCUCAGUGUCUUAUGUUUUCGUUAUUUUCUCAAGAAGAAAUACUUUCGGGAUCUUAGUCCAGAGGAUUCAAGAAAUAGCAUGAUUCUUUGUGUACCGGGCCCCAGAACUCCUCUGCCCGCCACUCUGUCCACUGAAGCCCCGCGGGGCAUGCGGACAGGCACUGCACCUCCUACCCCUUGCCUUCAAAGCACCCCUCCACUAUGGGACCCCACGAAAGACCUGCGGGCGAUAGCCAGCAACUUCUGCUAUCUAGAAAAUUCAGGAUGGUACUGGGGAGCUGUAACUGCAGCUCAGGCCCACGCUGCACUUCAAGAGGCAUCUGAAGGAGCUUUUUUGGUACGGGACAGCAGCCACCCUCUGUACAUGCUAACCCUCUCGGUUAGGACUGCACGCGGUCCCACCAGUAUACGGAUCCAGUACAGCGGCGCCCAAUUUCUGCUUGACUCCAGCUCCCCGGCCCGUCCCAGCCUGUCGUCCUUCCCCAACGUGCCCAGCCUGGUGCAGCACUACAUGGGACCAGAGAGGAAAGCAGAGGAGAGGAAGGUGGAGGAGGAGGCUCCUUCAAAACCCUCUCAGCAGAUAAUUCAGGAGACGUCUGUGGUAUUAAAACUGAAACGGGCCGUGUACAAGCCCCAGGGCCUCCCCUCUUUACAGCACCUCACACGCCUCGUCAUUAACAGACACUCUGACUGCCCCGACCAGCUACCACUCCCGAGGCCUCUGCUGCGCUACAUACAGGACUAUCCCUUCAAGGUAUGAGGGGUCCCUGAAGUCCACCAUCAUGACUUGAAGGAAACAAACUGUAAAACAGGUCCUCUGUGCCUGUGUCGCUGCUCUAGCAGCUGGAGGCCAGUCAUGAAAAUACUGGACACGGGGUUGUGUUUUUGCUGACGAAAUAUGUACAAAUUCAGCUGACGUGCCUGGUUUCAGACUUGUCGAGGGCUGGGUGACAAAGCGCCCCAGAAAGAGUCGACUUGUGAGCAAAUUUCAGUACUGUAAUCACUUAUUUCACGAUUGGAUGUGGAAAUGGUCCAUAUCUGUUUUACCUUUAUCAGUUCUGGAUGUACAUACUGUUCCUAAGAAGUACACUGAUUCCAUUGAGACAUCUUUUACGCCAUUUUAUUUUUCUCAGUAAAACAUUUUUUCUACCUUUUACAUGUCUACAUUUUUCUAUUAAAACUGGAGUCUAACUUGC